UAGUUGUGGAGGAAAAAAAGCGGGAGUUCGUACUGUUUACUGUUCAAACUUCGUGUAAUUUAUGUAGAACUCUGUACAUAUUGUACCUUGUGAUUUCAGUUAGAACCCAAGUGCAAGUGAAUCGAGUGUUGACAGUGACCUGGAUUUUGAUCCAACUGCAGAAAUGUUAGUCAAUGAUUUUGAUGAUGAACAUACUUUAGAGGAAGAAGAAGCUAUGGAAAGUGCAGAAAGUGUUACUAAUGAGCUCGAUGAUUUGCAGCGUGAGGGAGAAAUGCCACUAAAUGAAGUUCUUGCAAUGUAUGGUUAUGAAUCUGGUGUUGAGUAUGAAGACACAAUUCAUGAAGUUCCUGACCAAGACAGUGACUCAUCACUUAUUGACUCUCCAGAGCAGACAAUGGAAAAUCCAGAGUCUCCCCGUGUUUUGUCAAGUCAGGGUAUUCCUUCUCAGGCCUCUGAUAGCUCUCCAGCUGAUGAACAUAAAGUUGAUGAAGUGAUUGACCUUGUAUUUCGAGAUACACCUGAUGUUCCUUUGGGUUCUUCAAGACCACUUUUAAGAUCUGUUCAUCAAGCUAGUGAAUCAUCAGAUACUGGUACUGAUUAUGAUUAUUCACCUGAUGAUGACUGGCGCAAGACUAUACAAGUUGGUGCAGACUUUCAGGCUGUGAUUCCUGAAGGCCUAUCUAAGUAUGAUGAUGCGCCAGCUUAUGAAAAUGAAGAUCGUUUAUUGUGGGAUCCAACAAAGUUAUCAGAUUUGGAAGUUGAAGAUUAUCUUAGGCAAGCCCACUUUCCCAAAUCAGGAACUCCGAGUGGAGUACCUUCUGGAAGGCAUGUUAGGGAUGAUGAACAAGCUUUAUUUUUAUUAUUACAAUGUGGUCAUAACAAAGAAGAAGCCUUAAGAAGGCGACGCAUGCAGCCUCUUCCACCUGCUGAUACUAUGAGCCUUUGGUCUGAAGAUGAGUGUAAAAGUUUUGAGACUGGUCUGAAAUCAUAUGGAAAAGACUUCCAUUUAAUUCAGCAGAAUAAGGUUAGAACUAGGUCAGUCGGAGAACUUGUACAGUUUUAUUAUUUAUGGAAAAAAACAGAAAGGCAUGAUGUCUUUGCUAGUAGAAAUAGAAUUGAAAAGAAAAAGUAUGCCUUGCAUCCUGGAACAACGCAUCGGGGGUUGCAACCAGUUAGAAGAAGAAAGUUCCGAAUCCUCAUGUACUUUAUCCGAUGGGAAGACAUUUCAUUACUAGGAUGCGACUUCAUGGUUUGUAAUGCAACAGAAAUAUUGAAUUUUAAAGUCAUGAUUUGUAAAAACUAAGUCAUCAUUUCAUUCAUAAUGUCUGUGAUAAAAGCCAUUAAAAAAUUCUUUUCAUUUUUUAA